AUGAUUCGUUGCCCUUCCGACAACUUCAGCUCGUCCCGCAGAGCUAAGGGCAUUGCUCUUCUCGUCAAGGCAGAUCGCCCAUCAAGCAGCAUGAUCAUCGAAAAGUGGCAAGAACGUCCACAGCCUAGACGAACUGGAGCUACGACUACGCGAGCGAUUUCUCAUUUGAACCCACAACCUACACAAGUCAUUGCCGAAACGGGAAAUAAGGGACGGGGUCGAGAACCCCAAGACGAACAACGGAAAAUGGGCCUGAAAGCCGCGUUUGUCCAGUAA